AUGAAAGGAGUAUUACCGGCCAAAUGUGAUGGGAUGCCACGAACAUAUGUUCGAAAAACAACUGAAGCUAGUUGGAAUACCGAAGACUUAGUACAAGCCAUAAAUGUUGUUGCUAAUAAAGAGAUGAGUAUGCGUAAGGCUGCUAAAAAAUUAAAUAUACCAUACAGUACUCUCCAAGAAAGAAUAAACCACAGUAAUUAUCAACCACCAAGAUUAGGUUGUUUGUCAGUGUUUUCAUUAUCAAAUGAACGAGAAAUUGCUGAUCAUAUAAUUAAACUAGCUAAUCUUUUUUAUGGUUUGACCCCUUUACAAUUAAGAGCAGCUGCCUAUACAUUCGCUGUUAAAAAUAAUAUUAAAAACAAAUUUAAUCAUCAUCAUAAGCUUACUGGUGUUGAUUGGUUUCGAAAUUUUAUUAAACGGAAUCCUUCUGUAACUGUAAGAAAACCUGAAGCCACCAGCAUGAGUCGAAUUACUGCAUUUAACAAAACAGAGGUAACACUAUUCUUUCAAAAUCUUGAAAAAGUAAUGGAAAAAUAUAAAUUUACUCCAGCUAAUAUUUAUAAUAUGGACGAGACAGGGAUAAGUACAGUACAGGAUCCAGGCAAAAUUAUUGCUCCAAAAGGUCAGAAAAGAAAAGGCUCUAUUACUAGUUGGGAAAGAGGAAAGAAUGUAACAGUAAUCUGUGGAAUGAUUUCAUCUGGAACAUUUAUUCCACAAACCUUCAUUUUUCCUAGGAAAAGGAUGAGCAAUCAAUUAACUAAAAAUGGUCCUCCUGGAGCAUUAUAUCAAUGCACAAAAAAUGGUUGGACUAAUGAAGUUUUUCUUGAAUGGCUCAAACAUUUCAAUUAUCAUGCAAAACCAUCUCAAGAAUAUCCUAUUUUAUUAAUAUUGGAUAACCACAACAGUCAUAUUUCCAUGGCAGCCUAUGAAUUUUGCAGAUCAAAACAUAUUGUUAUGUUAUCAUUACUACCGCAUACUUCCCAUAGACUACAGCCAUUAGAUGUUAGUUUUUUUGGUCCACUAAAAGCUGUAUUUAAAAGAAAGUGUGACUUAUAUAUUAAAUCACAUUGUCUAGUAAAAAUAACACCAUAUGACUUAGCAGAGUUAUUUAAUAAAGCUUAUUCUUGUGUAGCUACAAUACAGAAAGGGAUUUCAGGGUUUGCCUCAACGGGCAUUGUGCCAAUGAAUCCUAAUAUUUUCACCGAUGAAGAUUAUUUUGCUGCUGUCACUUUAAAUUGUGAUGAUCCAAUUAAUGUAAUUGAAACCCCUAAUACUUCAAACUCAACUCCUCAAUCUUCUAAGAAUGCUGCUGAUUCUCUUGUUUCAACUCAAAUAUCUCAAAGCCUGAUUAGUAUUGAAGAAUUAACACCAAUUCCUAAAAAAAUGCCAAUAAAAAUGGUGAGAAGGGUAGCUGCUAAACAGCACUCCACUUUGAUAACAGGUACUCCUUCAUGGUACUCCCAUGAAAGAUAA